ACUUUCAAUGUAUAUCCAGUUUCCGAAAGUACAGCGUGAUAGAAGACAACAGACACCGAAUAUCUAUUCAUCUAAACAUGUGCACGUGAAAUAAUGGUUGAUGUGAAUCAUAAAAUGGAACUGAAUCGAUAGAUUAUAAAAUUUAAAAUUAUGGGUUUAUAAAUAAACACACGAGACGGAGUUGUCGCAUGCGAGCUUGAUGCAAUAUACCAACAUCUUGACGGAAAAGACAGUUCUAGAAGCAGUCAACAGUUGACCGAGAUGGAAACCGCAAGAAUUCCUUCAUUUCUAAUUUUGAUCCUAUUGCCACUUAUGUCGACAGUGUAUUCAGAUAAUAUACUAGUAAUUCCGAGACCAGGAUAUAGUCACGUGAGACCAGUGAAGGUAAUGGUGGAUAUCCUUAUUGAGGAAUACCAACACAAUGUAACGAUGUUACUCACAGAAAGUGUAGCCAAACACCUAGCUCUGAAGGAUCUUCGAGGAGAAAUUGUAACAUAUGAUAAAGAUGGAAAAGUCAGACAAAGAAUGGAUGAAAUGAGAACGAAAGCUUAUAGGACUGGUUUCGAAAAUAUAGGAUUCAUUUCUUUGUCACCGUACAUUCAAAAGAUGGACGAAGAAAUCACAUAUUCACUCAUGACAGAUUCUGAAAUUCUUAAAACGUUGGAAGAACGGAAAUAUCGGACAGUUAUGGUGGAUGGAAUGGGCUCCUUGCCUUUUCUUAUGCUUGCGCACAAUUUAUCCAUUCCAGAAAUCAUACACUUCUCGGCGUUUAUUUCCCCAAAAUUUCGUUACCGAGCACCAUCAGACUAUUCCGGCAUUCCAGAAUUUCCCAUGUUUCCACUUUCAGACACUACUUCAUUUUUGUCACGGUUGAAAAAUUUCGGAAUUCAUUUGGGAUUUAUCGCAGUAGGUUCUUUUCUUGAGUCAUUUCAUUAUUCGAAGGACAUAGUUCAUAGGUAUAUUUCAACACCUAGGUUGGAUGAGUUUUACAAAUUGGCAAAUGGAUUUAGUUUGUACUUAUUGGACCAAGAUGAAAUUCUAGAUUAUCCACGUCCUGUACUUCCAAAUAUUGUCCCUGUAGGAGGCUUAGCACUGUCGAAUAUCGUACACCCUCUUCCAAUAGAAAUUGAACGGCAUGUUAAUACUGCCAAGGACGGUGUUGUUAUAGCAACCUUUGGGUGCAGCUUCGAGAAUGUUCCCGAUGAAUUCAAAAGUAAAUUGUAUCAAGCCUUUAAAAAUAUUCCGGAAAUUCACUUCAUUUUAAAAAUAGACGAAACUUAUUUUCAGAACAAAAAUAUUCUACAGACUCCCUGGCUACCUCAAAAUGAUCUCCUUGGAAACAAGAAAAUUAAGGCAUUUAUCACUCAUUGUGGAAACAGUGGUCAAUAUGAAGCUUUAUAUCAUGGAGUACCUAUGGUUGCGAUUCCAAUAUUUGGAGAUCAAGUUUACAAUGCAGAUAGGAUUGUAAUGAAGUCCUUUGGUGUGAAGCUGGAUCUAGUUGCGUUUACUUCCGGUGACUUGGAAAAAAGUAUCAGGGAAGUAGUGUACAACGAUACGUACUCCAGAAAAAUAAAAUUAGCCUCCGAGAUGUACAGAUCAAAACCACAGAACGCUUCACAACGAGCUGCAUAUUGGGUACACCACGUGACCACCUACGGAAGUGUACAUCUGCGGUCUCCAUCCCACUCUUUACCUGCUUAUAAAUAUCUGGCACUGGACGUAGUUAGGGCUUUCCACCUUUCAGUGGAAAGUCCUAUUGUUAUUGUUCUGUUUAUUAUUAUUAUUAUUAUUAUUAUUAUUUUCCUGCCGUCAAAAAAAAUCUUCGUCUUAAGACUUAUCGAAAAACUUUAUAGUCCAUCAUAUAGUACUUCUUGAGAAACGAAUACAGUUCACCCUGCGUAAUUCAACUUUGACCCCUUACGGAGUUAUUUGACCUUUCGCAGAAAUCAUUGUUAGCACUUCUACUUUGUAACCGUAAAUGAUAGGAGGAUGAAACCUUUUCUAAAACACAGAGGGUAAUUAGUAGAAGCGAAGAAUUUCAAAUGAAGGGAUUCGGUGUCCCCUAAAGGGAGUUAAUGCCCCCUCAUGUUUUGCGAUUUGUCCCCUACAAAUUGACGACUCCUAAAGUCUUCGUCGUAGAGAGACGGAACCCACUGGGACGGGUUGGGUGACCUUGACCUUGAAAAAGUAGGUCAAGGUCAAAGGUCAAGGUCAUCCAGAAUGGCCAGAAAAUGGCACUUUUUAUACGCUCUUUCACGCUUCAGAUAGCAUCGAAAUAUCACAUGGGUCAGCAAGGAAUUUUGGACCGGUCUCGGCAUCACGAAUGUCAACUCUGAACUUUGACCACUCUGCGAAUGGCGGCGACUUAACGUCGAAAACCCCGUUAUCGCUACUCUCACUAGACCGCAAGUCGUGGAGAGGCGAGACCUUCGCCGACGAAUUCCAGAUGAAACGCUCUCGCACAGAAAAGUUGACCGAGGGAAACCGAGAACCCCGAAGCACGGUUCUCGCCCCCGAAAGUCUCCGACGUCGUCGUUCGAGCCCACAACUUCUUCACGGAUGUAGAUAGGGAUGCGGGACCACUUAAACGAAGCCCCGUGACCUCUCUGACCUUCAAAAUCAGGUCAAGGUCAAAGUCACACUUUCUCCCCCAUGGGUUUUUGAGGUUUGACCUUGAAAGUGGGUCAAGGUCAAAGGUCAAGGUCACGCAUCCAGGGGCCAGUCUCCACGAGUAAGGCCAACCCACCCAUCACGCCUGUCGUCCCCAAGGAAGAAACCCCCCACCCUUCAAGUGAUCUGUCUGUCCUCAGCUGUUUAUAAUACACUAUUUUGACCGGUUUCAUGCCCAACAACAGGAUUUUUGAGGUUUGACCUUGAAAGUGGGUCAAGGUCAAAGGUCAAGGUCACGCAUCCAGGGGCCAGUCUCCACGAGUAAGGCCAACCCACCCAUCACGCCUGUCGUCCCCAAGGAAGAAACCCCCCACCCUUCAAGUGAUCUGUCUGUGAUCAGCUGUUUCAAUACACUAUUUUGACUGGUCUCAUGCCAUGCAACAAUGACAGGAUUCUAGCUAAUCUGACCUACACCUACACAUCUGACCUACACCCAUUUCUUCCAUUUCUUGACUGUCUUGUCAAUCAAACAUGAAUUCCAUUUACAUUCAUGAAAAGACAUAGGCCAGAUUCAAUUGUCUGCCUGCAUCAACAAAAAGACUAAUUUUUUUUUUUUUGAUAAUGAUGAUGCAACUUUACUUGACAGUUGAACUCAUUGACAUUCCAUCCCGACUGUCAUUGUAAACAAAUAAACACUUACCUGCAGGAUCAGAUGGGAUGCAGUACUCCUAUUCUCCGUUCAGAUAUCCUACAUGCACUCAGACACUUUCUAAUUCACCGGCCGCCAUUUUGGUUGUUUGUUGUCAAAGCCUAUAAAUCCGUAUAUGCAUGCCUCCUUGGGUGAAAUGACUGAAAGACAUUGUCUCCGUGAAUUAGAACACAUAGGAUGAGCCAUUACAAACUGUAUAUUCAAUUCCACAAUCCACAACACACACGGUCAAAUCCAGUGCAUCUUCACAACAUCUGACAACAUGAGGCUUGUAUAGACUCCCAGCAUGCACCAGCAGUUACUACAAUCUAGGAAAAUGGCACAUCCGGUUUCUUUGCACCUCCAAAUAUCCUAUCUAACAGGUCUAAAGUCACCCCAAACACCUGCACAAGUCCUAUUACACUUUUACCUGAUAUGUGCCGGUUAUGAAACACUCACACCCCUUUUUUUCAAAUAUUUGACCGGUACUAUCGUGCGAAACCAAGGCCUUAAUCUCCAACACUACAACACUCAAGGCGGCAAAUUUGAAUUUCUUUUCAAGCCAAAUCCAUUUUUUUUUUUUUUUUUUUUUUUUGGUGAGGGUGGGGUGGGGUAGGGGGGGGGCUUUUAGCAUUUCAACACUACUGAAAAACCGCUAGAAGGUGGGAAGCCCUCUAAUUGUUCGCGAACAAUUAGGAUCACUAGUUCUUUUUGUAUUUCUUUGUGUGUUGUUGCUAUUAAGUGUAAUUGUGACUGGCUUUUAUGUGCUUUGCAGAUGCUGUGUUCAAAAGAAAUUGAAAAGAGACUAACUAUAUUAAUUAUUAGUACAUUCUAUAUGAUCAUCGUUCCAUUAUGGAUAAAGUAAUUAUCUCAGAACAGUGUGUCAAUGAACAAAACAUAAAAAUA